AGGACACCAUUGACGACAUUUACCCCAUGGCUUUCCCACCCACAUCUCACUCAUUUUUACCCAUGUGCUGUUUUAGCGAGGAGAUUGUACCAGCGCCCUUAGAGGAGCGAUUCAUUUAACUGACCUUUACGCGUAUUUUUUUGAAGAACAAGAACUACGGAACGAGUAUAGAAGUACAAUAUUAGAACAAGUACCAGUACAUCACUCACGACUUCUGCAUAUGCAGUUGAGCCAGCAGAUGAAGAUGAUUCGAUAAAAGCAAAGAAAACCCGCGCCGCCAUGUCGGGAACCGGUACACAAAACGACCCAAUAGUCUUGUCCGACUCGGACGACGACGACAAUAACAACAACCAACAGCCUCUCGGUAAUGGAGGGGAUGAUGGGUCAGACGGCGAUGACGGUAGUUCUCCAUCCCUACAGCAAGAGGAGGAGGACUCAGAAGAGGAGGAGUCUGAUGAGGAAGAGCCUGAGUCAGUCUUCGAGGAAGGGGACCCAGACGAGCAAAAUGCGCCUGGUUUGUCACCACCCGACGAAGAAAAUAGCGGGGAGGCCACUCCAAUAGCGGAUCAGUCUCCGUUCGCCGCGGUAGUACCUGGGCAGCAGCAGCAGCAGCAAUCAGCAGCAGCGCCGGCGGUCAUAGAUGCAGCCUUAUCAUCCUUGCCUCCCAUGGGCGACGUAGCGGACGCACUCGCCGCGCAUUAUCAAAUGUAAAAAUGUCUGGGUCUGAAAGGUUAGAACUUGUCAUGCUAAAUCUGAACGAUGCAAAAAUCUGUGUUGCGUGAGUACCAAAAGCUGUCCGCUUUUGACCAAGUGGAAAGGGAGUUUCUCAUGCAGGAAAGGCAUGAUAGAGACCUCAAAAGAUCUGUCAUGUUGGGUCUCGCAUUCCAGACCUCAUGAGUCAUGGAAAACCUGCAUCACAAAUCUUGCAUUCUUCCAGACCCAGACAUUUUUACAUUUGAUACGCAUUUUCUGUCUCCCAAAUGGCAAGCGGAACACGCCGCGGGUCGUGUAGAAGUCCUCUCGGGAACAGGAGCAGGAGGAGCUGCAGUCGCUUCCUCCAGCUCCAGCUCGAGCCACGUGCUGUUUGGCGCGCAGCUGACCGGUGGCAGUAGUUCAUCAUCUGGGGGCCAAAAAUCUACAGCGCUGUUGUUUCAAAAGGAAGAGACGCGCCAUCGGCACAGAAGCGGCGUGCAUGAGCGACCUGGUCUUGAACAACAACAAGCGGUACUAGAAGUAGAACCCAGAACUGGUUCCAAUGUGUUGUUCAGCGCGCUUGCUGCUUCGACGUCGUCGUCGUCUGCGGGCAAUGUGACUGGAGCCUCCACUUCUAACGCGGGAGCAAAUGUCGCCGGCGAUAUUACCUCCGGAGCAGGUACGCAAAUUUGAAAUACACUUGCAGCACUGCUGCCCCACUAUUUUAGUUUUUGGCUUAGUGAUCAUGUGGUAGAAAUCAGUCGUCUUGCCCUCGUGCAGAAUAUUUUGCAGGACGCUGUCAUGGACGCGUCAUUAUCCUAUCGCCUGUACCAUCGUGCAUCAUGUUAUACACGACGGCGCACUGAGAGUUGAUAGGUCAACCUCGCACGUACUCAGCAACUUCAAAAGCAAAAAUCGCAUUCAAUUUUCAUUUACGAUUUAAUAUUUACAGCACCAGCUGCUUCGCCGCCACCGGAAGACGAAGAGAACGAAGGGAUAAAAUCUGCUGCUGCCAGCGCCGGCAGCAGCGACUCUUCCGUCGCUCACCACGUGGAAGAGGCGGACGCUGAGCUCGCGAGCCAGCAACGUGGUCCAGAAGCCUCCCUCACAGGGGUCAAACUUGACCCAUCACCACAAAUUGCUGGCACAACCAGUCUGUUCGCUGCGGUGGAAGCAAGUAAAGCGCCACUAGGUGGAGCAGCAGCAGGCGCGGCCGCCUCCAGCUCCUCCGCAGGUUCUCGUGCCCAGAUUGACGUUGCCGUGGUCACACAGAAUACCCCGCACUUCGGGCCGAUGCUGGACAUGGAAAACGAAAGCCUCGACGACAAGCUUCUGCGCGAGAGGAUAAACAACUUGAGUGAGUUGCGACCGAAUCCGAAUAGCCAGGAUCGGUUGCCGCCACCUCCUGCAGCGUCAACAUCUAGCGGAGGAGGAGCUGUAGCACCAGCUGCAACUACUCCUGCAUCGGCAGGAUCAACAUCUUCAAACGCGAAUGCGGAUGAGCAGCAAAUCCAGCUGUUGACCAAGAUCAUGGCCAAGGAGCCAAGGUUAUUGCCGCAAAAUCUCCUUCCGAACAGCAGCAGUUCCUCCGGCGAAGACCACGACGAGGUUCUUGCGCCGGCGGGGUCUCCUGGAAACACAAAUGUCAUGCAGCUCAUCCCAAAUACCGGCACCGCCAAGAAAGCUUCACCCGACAUCAACACGAUGAAAGGUGGACCACCCGCAGUAGUUUCAGCAGACUUGGCGCGGUCCCCGUUUUCCAUGAUUUCUGCGAACGACCCGAGAAACCAGGCACUCAAGUUCGAACAGAUCGGCGGAUCAUCCUCGUCCUCCGCGAUUAUCGCCGAUGCUGUGAUGCAGGACGCCGAGAAUAAAGAGAAGUCUUCAGCUGCAGGCGAUAUAAUUCCAGAGGAAGAACUCCUUCCUGCUGCGAAGAGGGCAAAAAUCGCGGACGAUGAUGAAAAUGCAGCUUCCGGAUCUUCUAAUGCCGCCGCUGAUGACCGACUCGGCGGAGCGAGUUCUGCUUCGUCUGAUUUCGGCGGAGGUGGUACUAGCGCAGCUAACAUGAUAGCCAGCCCAAGCCCGGAAGAGGAGAUUUCGAAAUCAGGAGGAGCCGAUGGCGAUACUGCAAUGCUGCAGGGAGGAGAACAACUACAGCAGCUAGUACAGCCUCCUGCAUCCUCGAUGUCCCGCGACGGCCUGACACUCUCCGAGAAACUCCCCCCUCCGUUGUUUUCGGCCCGAAGUUACCAGGCGUUCAGUACGGAAAAAAGCAUUUUGCCGGGGACGAUAACCUCCGCCGAAGGUGGUGGCGCAGGAACGUCGGCACUUAGUCAGCCAGGAGCCGGAGCCUCGUCUUCAAGCAGUAUGAACAAUCUGUUGUUCUCAGCCGGUGCGCCCGCAAAUCUCAAUCUUCCAUCCGACUUGCUGCCGAACAAAACUACGAGUUCCGAUAAAAAUAAUUCCUCUCAUCUCUUCCUUGCGCUCAACGCCUCUGCGAGAGUUUCCACAAACAGCAAGAACAGCCUCGCAGCUGGCGGUGGCGCGGAGGGGUCGCAAACCCCAAAAGGAGCUGCCUCCAAAGAGGACAAAAACAAGCCGCUCCCACGGAACAGCAUGCAGGCGCGGAUCAUGGAGCUGGCGCACCCCGUGCUGGACGAAGAGGCGCUCACCAGUUUAACGAAAGACGAGCUGCAAGAAAAAGUCCGCAAGAUGCACCGGGAAAGACAACUAUUGGUCGACAAGUUUCGGAGAAUCCAAGCUGCUGACCGGACGCGAAGCAAAAUCAGCAUUGCACCCUUGACGCCCGUGUUGGAGCAGACGAAUGAUGUUGACCAGAAGAUGAAUCUCACACCAAAUCUCAACACCUCCGGCAUUGCUGCAGCCUCUAGUAGCCAGCUCGUGACGGAAUUGCAAGCGAGAAUCGCCGAGCUGGAGCAAAUCGUCGCGAAGAAUCGGGCGGAUUUGAGCAAAAAAGACCAGGAAUUUGAGAAAAAGCUGCAAGAGGCAACGGGGAACUUAAACGCCAAGAUUCGUCAAUUGGAGCAAGAAAACCAAACUGCUUCCAACGGCUACCAACAAGUAAAAGAGGAAAGGGACGCGUUGCAUCAGAAAUUGACCAACACAGAGAAGCACAUGCAGGAGCUGAAGGAGUCGAACAAAAAAAGCCGCGAAGAAUCGCACAAACUCCUGACCGAAGCGUUUGAACAGCAGCAAACCUUGCGGGAAUCCUUUGCUACCGCGAAAGCGGAACUCCAGCUGGAAAAGAACCGCUCUGCGGUUUGGAAGGGCGAUUACGACAUCGCGAACGCGAAUCUGCAGCGGAAAAUCUCGGAGCAGCAGAUGAGCGAGGCGAACGUCGGGGAGCAGUUGUUGCGCUUGGACAAAAUCGAGGCGGAAAACAAGGAGCUGCUGGACCAGGGCCAGAAACUCGCGUUUAUCAUCUGCCACUUGGUCAGAAGCAGCUCGACGCGACUGCGGAGCAUGUUUCAGAACUAUCAUGGUACAACUACAGGGACGAUGAAUGCUGGAGCUGCUGGGGGCCCCGCGUCAUCGUCCAACCUGAAUCUCGAGCAGCAUAGAGUAGACGCUUUGCUAGCACGGGAAAUGUCCGCAGCGGGUGGUGACAACUCUGGAAUCAUGGAUUUCGACGGAGUUCCGCUCGCCGCGACGCCAAGCGAUCCGGCGACGCCGAGGUUGUUAGACCCGGCGCUGAUGGAGGGAGCUUCGCCGGAAAGUCUGCUCGGCCGGUCUCCUGGAGAGGAUAGCGAAAUGGACGCUGCCAAUGCGAACAUGUUCUCCAUUCUUAGGGAUAACUACAACCGGAAUCAAAAUGCGGACGGCAACAUGCCGGAAGACAGCGGGUCGUGGAGUAUCCCGAACGAGUUGAAGAAAAGUAUUCAAGAGAUCCUCAGGUUGGACAUUCUUCCACGACAGGAGGAGCAGCAACAAACGACAACGACCACGACAAUUCAACAAACGACGACAUCUUCGACAUACUAUGAGCAGCAACAAAGCAGUACUAGAAAUGGAAUCCCCUCCAGCGACAAGGUGCAGUCCAUCGCACUCUUAGCGGACUAUCUGAAGCAGAUCCAGGGUCUGAAGGAUAACCUAGAGAAAACCACCACCGAGCUUUCCGAUAAAACCCAUGAAAACGAGCGGUUGGGCAAGUCGUUCGGCGAGGCCAGGCAGCAUUUGACAAAGCUCCUCGGGGAUCACAAGCACACGAAGCAGCAGCACGAAAGUCUGAAGGAAAAGGUAUGUGAGUGUUGUAACAACUGAAGCGACUUCGAGGUUCUUUCGUUAUCGUUCUUGAAACCAUCCAUACAUAUUUCGCAGAAGUGUCCUCAGUGGUCUCCUGUCUCACAACUUCUUUUGCAUCAUGAUGCACUUCGACGUCUUACAGGGAAAUUCCGAUAAUAUGUUUGUAGUCGUGUAAAUCAAAAUCAACACCUACCAGGUCGAGCUCCUCCGUACGGAACUGAUCAAGUGGAAGUCCAAUGCUAGCCAAAACCAAGAUUUAGUUGAUGUCUACGUGAAGCAAAUCGAGGUCUGGCGCCACGAACUCCACCGCCUGCAGUCGCAACUCGCCAUCGGUUCUGACCAGUGGCGCCCGACCCCCAGUCAGCAGAUGAGCAAGAUUUUGAACCCGAACAAGCACCAGCAACCCGUAUCCGCGGCCAACGCUGCGGAUUCGGUGGCUUUGUUCCUGGAGCGAUACGAUAGCGAGAUCGCCGACAAUUUGAAGUUAGUCGCGGAACUCCGGGCGCAGCUGCAGACUCUGACGUACGAGUCGAAAGUGUCGAUUGAGAAGCUGAAAGCCACGAAAGACGAGCUGUUAGAGCACAACAACGAAUUGGAAGAGCAGAAGCUCAUCGCAGAAACGAAAGCGACGCAAAUGGAAGAAGAAGUCGCCGACUUGCGCGACCGGGCGGAAUUAGCAGAAAAAAGCUUCGGCGAAGUGGAAGCACAGAGACAGGAGCUGGAACGCCAGCUGUUUUUGGGAGGAAAUGCUGGAGGGGGUGGAGCUGUGGUCGCAAGUUCAUCUUUGAGCAAGCAUAGUAAUUUCGGCCAGACGACGGCGUUCGAGCAGGAAGUUGCCGGGCUGCAGCAAGGUACUUAUAAAUGGUUUGUUUCCUACUUAUAUCCUGUUUUUCUUUUUGAAUUUGCCUUGUCGUGCCGACCAGUUUAGUUGUGCCACCAUGACGGAGGAUCAUGUGUAUUCCCGUUCUGAUUCUUGUUUGAAUUUGAUUUCGCUGGUUAAACAUCACAUCACGAUCAUCCCUACCUACAGGCGGUUCCCAGUACUUGACCUCCCGACAGCACGACGAGGUGAUUGCCAAAGCCUUCAAAGCGCUGCGGCAGAAAGACGCCGAGAUCGAAAAUCUUCUAACCCAAGUGAGCAAAACCCAGCUGGAAGCGGCGCAGUUCAAGGCCGACUACCAGUUGAUCCAAACAAAAAACGAUAAACUCACUUCCGAGAAGAAAGAGCUGGAAUCCGAAAAUUUACACUUACUCCGUCCGAAGGUAGAAACCCUUGACCAAAAAGUGGUGCAGAAACAGGCGGAAAUUCUCUCUUUGCGGAACGAGAUGACGAGCACGCAGGAGAAGAUCCGGUCGUUGCAAAUGGAAGUAACGAGAUUUCAGAGGCAAGAACUGGAGAGGGAUGAGGAGUUGCAGAAGCACAAGAAAAAAGCGAAUAAAGAAGUGAUUGAAAAAGAAGAGCAGAUCACUUUGCUCCAAGCAGAAUUGCAAAACACGGAGGAUAAGUGGAGAAAAGAGCUUUCCCUCCAGGCCAAGCAGAUGGAGAAUAAGGAAGAUUUGAUGCAACUCUACCGCCGCACGCAGGAGGAGCAGAUUCAGCAGGACCAGAAGCGGAAAAGAGAGAUUUCCGAACUGCAGGCACAGAAAAUCGAAAUCGAAAAAAAAGUGGACGCAGAAAAGGCGGUGAACGAAAGGUUUCGGGCGCAUUUGGAAUCGGUGGAAAAGGAGUUGGCGAAAGUGAAGGAGCAAGCCGCAACUGCUGCUAGCAGAGGUGGGAAGUCGCCAACUACAGGGAAACAAAUUCAUCUUGCUGGGCACAAUAAAAAACACACUCCCCUUGAUGAUGCCGAGGUGGAAAAAGAGUUGAAUCAGCUGAAGGAGGAGAAAAAGAAGCUGAAAACGAAUUUGGAAGAGGCAAAUACGCAGAGACGGCUUCUACAGCAAGACUACGAAACUUUGCAGAAAAAGCUGAAGGAUUCAGAGAAGCAGUGCGGAGAUGUGGAGGUGAUGCGCCAGGUCUUUGCGGAAAAAGCCGUGAAGCUGGAAAAGGAUCUGCAAGAGAAGGAAAAAGAGCACCAGCAGUUCUUGAAAUUGCAACAGGAGAAGGACGCGAAAAUCGCGCUGUUGCAACAGCAACACGCUAGUAGUACCGCUGCAGCGAAUUAUGCGAAGGGUAGUACCAAAGGCGGAGCUGCGAGCAAGGGCGCAGCAGCUUCUUCUUCCUCCUCGUCUACCGCUGCAGCUAGAAGCAGUACGACCAAAGGUGGUGGAGCCGCAGCAGGCAAACCAGGAGGAGGUCAGCAUGUACUUCAACAGGCCGCUGCUGCGCAACAGAAAGUUGGUGCUCGUGCAGAUGAUGAAGAUGAACCAGUUCCGCAGGGCGACUCCGCGGAUAUCAUCAUCGAAAAGAACAGGAAGAUCACGGCGUUGGAGAAACAAGUGAAGGAAGCGCAGGACCAACUGAAAGUGUUGAAACACCGCGACCAGAAGGCGAACAAGGUGCAAAACGAGCUGGCCGCAGACAAGGCGUUGUUGGAAGAGCAAAGGAACGCAUUGGAGAAGCGCUUGCAGCAAUCGCUUCAGGAAUUGAAGAAGGAAGCGGAGAGGAGGACGAACACCAGUGAUCUUGGUGGGACGAGUGGUGCUCCUGCUUCAAGUUCCGCGUCCUCGGCUGCUGUCCUACUUCCAGGUGAUUCAUCUAAUGCUGGGCAAGCAGCUCCACUUGCAUCUUCCGCUCAUCUCUCCUCUGCGUUAUCCACAGAAGAGAAAGAAGACGCUUUGAAUGAAGAACUUCUCCAGAAAGACGUGCAAGUCAAAUCGCUCCAGCGCCAGUUGCAGCUCAAAAGGGUCGAAAACGACGAGCUCCGACUCCGAUUUCGGAAAAAGCGCGACGCCGCGCACACUGCCGCAAGGCUCGACGGGUUGCUUGCUGCGGAGAAUAACACGGUGGAACAGGAUAAGGACAACACUGCUGGUGGUUCUUCCUCUUCUUUCGCCGGCGGUGUGAUCUCCCCUUCGAGUGGAAAUCAGGCACAGCAACAAGCGAAUAUCGCACUACAAAAUCAGAACCAGAUCGCGUCUGCCACGACGGAACUGCGGCAAGCGAUUGAGACGGAGUAUCGGCAGGAGCUGGAGCUUUACAAGUCUGAGACGCAGAGCAAAAUCGAGAAAUUCCAAAAAGCCACGCAGGAGGGGAAGAAACACUCGACGGAGCUCACGAAAAAAUUGGAAUCCGAGUUGACCCGCCAGCAGGAGGAGGUGAAGGCGCAAUUAGCGAAAUCGGCGGAAUUGGAGGAGGAAGUGGAACGACGGAAGGAAAAGUACCGGAAACUGCAGGAGGAAUUGACGCAAACGCAAAGGGACGCGGAAGAACGGGUGCAACAGAAGUUGGCGGCGCAACACAGUGCUGAAGUGGAGCAACUGAAGGCGGAAUUGGAAAGUAUGAAGGGGAAACUGGCGGUUGCUGCACGUGUAUCAGGACAACCCAGAAAAAGUUCUUCAGGUUCGGUUCAUGCCGUUGAUGUCGAAGGAGAAAAAGAUCUCGCGGUUGUUGAAAAAGCGCAAACUCAUUUUUCCGAGUCCAAAGAAGGUGAUGAAGAUGCUGUGGUCGCUGAAGUGGAAGAGGGGGAAGUCGCAGCACCUCCGGACGCAGCUCCCGAUGAAGUUGCGAUGGAUGUGGACGCUGAAGUAGAGCAGCAACUACAGGAACAACCAAGAAACGAGGAGCAAGUUGUCGAUGUCGCAGCUCAGGAGGGAGAAGUCGCUGCUGGCGCUGAAGCUGUUGCAGUACCAGAGAUGGACGGUGAGCAGCAGGAACAGAUUCUUGUUGGCACCGUUAACGAACAGGAGUUGGAUGACCCCGAAGAAGUAGACGCCGACAAUAUGGAAGUCGAAGUAGAUGUUGUCGAAAGUAAUCAGCACCUCCAAGUUCAAACAAGCACCGUCGCGGCCCGGGCUGGUGGUAUUGAAGAUAGUCACGAUGCGGAAUCCACGGCCAGGAAGACAACCCAAGUUUUUGCGCCAGACGAGGAAGCGUUGCUCGGCGGGGAUGUCGAAGAGGAAGAGCAGCAAGGGAACGAUGAGUUAGCGCCGCGACAUGCUUCAGCUCAACAGCCGCGACAAACCGACCUCGCUGCGGCGAUAAAUCUCCAAGACCAACAGGGCCUGCAGGAGCUGGUCGCAGCUCAGGUAGAAGGAGCUGCUGGUGUUGAAAAGCAAGAAGCAGAAACGUCAGCGGCCCCUCCUCCUCCUGCCGCCACGACCCAAGAAUACGAAGUUGCAGCAACGCUCGAGAUUCCACAAGUAGAUCUUCCGUACGCAGAAGCCGAAAACAAUGUCGAGGUACACCUAGAGGACGCUGCUGCGAACGUCGCCGCCGAAGUUCAGGAGGAGCUUCAAGCGCUUGACGCGGCCAUGCAGGACAUUGCGGACGAGGAAAAACGAUUAGAGCAAAGUGGAGGUGAUGGGGAUGCGGCAGCAGAUGAAGAUGCCAUCGUUAUUGAGGAGGUUGCAGCGGAAGAAGGGCAACAAGACGAAAUCAGCGAGGAGUACCAAAUUGAAGAGGUUUUGCCCGACAAUGUGGAUGAUGGAAAUAACGCUCCGCAAGAAGCGCCUGCUCCAGAAGCAGCAGAAGCACCGCCACCCAUGGAACCUGCUGCGCGAGUAGGUGGGGACCACGCGGUUGCAGCUGCGACUGGGGCAGUGCCAGGAGUUCUUCCAGUUGCUGUACCAGGUGCCACUACUAGCACCAUCGUCACCGCAACAACAUCACAGGCCGCGCAAGACCCACCUCCAGUUCCCCUGUCCCCAAGGAGCCAACUGCUCAAAACAACGACCACAACGACGACAACAAUGUUGACUACUAAAGUGGUGGAAAUUGUUCAGGAAGAAACCUUGAUUAGUGGAGACGAAGCUGCCCCCGCGCCAGUAGAUGCACCAGCUUCUUUAGAGGAUCAGCAAGCACCGGACACAACUGCAGAUGUGCUGGUACUAGCAGACGAGGGCGCCGUGCAGGAGGACGACCAGGGCGCCGUGCAGGAAGAGGACCGUGCUCCACCAGAAGCCGUCCCUGGUGCCGACGAAGCCGGUGCAACGGUAGCCGCUGAUGAAAAUGAAGCGGAAGUUCAGAACCAAACCCGUCCCCCCGUGGUAUUCGAUAUGGAAACGCCUGCGGCAUUGAAGAGUGAAAGCGAAAUCUUCGUCACUCCUCAGGGUGGUGGUGCAGAAGAGCCCGACGAGAAGGAUCUGGAGGGAAAAGAAGAAGCUGUUGCUGGGCCAGGCAGUGCUUCUGCAGACGUAGACGCGAGUGCUAAUGUAGCUGACGUUUUCGAGCCUGAGCUGCCUGGAGAUCAUGCCGCGCACACUGCACUAGAGCCAAAUGAGCUGCAGGCUCUCGUCGAUACUGCUGCCGCCUCUAGCGGAAGCGGUAGUAGUCUAAAGCGUGCGUCAGCUCAGCCCGCGGCAGUGGCAGUGGAUCAAAGUGCACCCGUCGAAGAGGAAACGGGUGAAGCAGCGAAAAAACAGAAAACUGAAGCUGCUGCUUCUGACGCUGCAUAAGUUGUUUGCUGGCUCCAGCUCGAUCAGCUUGAAACAUGUUUAAUACUAACGCGACAUGUGUGUGAAUGUGACAAAUGAAAUUAUCAAAGCGAAAACUCAAACACUCAAAGAAAAAAACAUAUAUACGCACCCUCAAUCGCUAUAU